CUUGACCAGGCCGCCGCUGGCUGGGAGCAGGAUGCUGUCAGGCCGAGCGGACGCACCGACGUAGCGGAUGGCAACCUUUGUUUCCCCCGCAGCAUCACGCUCCAGUUGCUGAGUGACACCUGCUGGACAAGAAGGAGGCAUCAAGGUGUGAAGAAGAACCUACGCCAUCCAAACAUUACCACGCUGGUCGUGGUGAUGGUGAGGGUCUUCCCCUGUUUCUAGGCGUCCUCCUUGCCAACCCGUGUCUUCAUGUUUUGGGGGUCCCUCGGUGGCCCCGCCCUCUGCCAACCCCCCUGCUCCCGCUGCUGCCGCCGCCACCACGGCCGGCCACCCCAGCCACUACAUUGCCAUGCCAACGGAGACCCUCGCUGCGGCUCUGGCAGAUAGCAAGGCCGCUGGCGGCGCCGCGCCCUUCAGUUCCGCCGUGCCCCUCCGGAUCCUGAACAAGGGCCCGGACUACUUCAGGAGACAGGUGGAACCCAACCCCAAACGCCUCAGUGCUGUGGAAAGACUGGAAGCCGACAAGGCCAAGUAUGUCAAGAGCCAGGAAGUUAUCAACGCCAAACAGGAACCGAUCAAACCCCAAAUUCCGGCCAAGUCUCCCCUUGAGCUCACCCUUCUGUCAAAAAGGGGCACCGGAAUGUGCGGCGGAGGACACAAAGGCGAAGUCCCUUUCAAACCCUCGAACAACAACGCCAAGUCGGACACGUGUGCCACGACCAGCAGCGGCAAGCGGGAGAAUUUGAACCUGGAGAUCUUAAAAAAUCUCCUCAAUUCAUCGUCGACUUCGGUAGCAGGUCCCGAAGGACUCCGUAGUGGAGCUAAGAGUGCCGUGUUGAUGAGGUCGUCUGGGGGAAUGACGAGGAGUUGGACGCCCUCACCGAUGCCCUUAACUUACCGAUCCACCAUGGCUCUCAACGAGCAAGCGCAAGACUCUGCUCCCAGUCCGAGCACCUCGCACUCUCUGCGCUCUUUUUCCCAUUCCUUGAAGGUAGCACCCAUGAACGGCGGCGGGCGGCGCAGUCCGCAGCUGGUGGGAAACCUCAAUCUCAGCAGGAGAGUCCUGGACGAGCGAGGGGGCGAAAGACGGGUGGCUACGGAUCGAUCACAGUCUCCGCUUCCGCCGCUGCUGACCUCCCACUCCUCCUCGGACCUCCUGCGAUUGUGCAAUGGCAAGCCUCUCCGCACCGCUCGAUCUAGCAGCUCCUCAGCGCCACCGCUGCCUCCGAAACCCAACCCAGCCUCCCUUCCGCCUCCGACCCUCUCGCUGUCGCUGCCUCCUCGUCGUGCAAAUGUGUCCCCGCUGCUGUGCGAUAACGAGGCCCCUCAGUCACUGAAUCCUGAAGACACCUCCAAUCCUUCGACAGAUCCCAAUCUGGAGUUAGAGCUGGGUUCCUCGGUAGCGCGUCGCUCCUCUCUACACAGGUCAAAAUCAGACCUGUCGGACCGCUACGCCCGUGCCGGAGCUGAUGUGGAACGUUUUUUUAACUACUGCGGCCUCGAUCCCGAGGAGCUGGAGGCGGUCGGUCCAGAGAACUUUGGUCGGGCCAAUUCGGACAUCGUGACCUUCAACUUGCGGUCGGCGUCCAUGAUCUCCGACUGCGACCAGUCCCGGCAGUCCUCCAACGCCGGCCUGUCGGACGGGGACGAGGCUGAAGACGAGGACGAGGAGGCCGGGGAGCGAGUCCCUUACGGCAUCUCUGCCGUGGAGCGGAACGCCAGAGUCAUUAAGUGGCUGUACAGUAUCAAACAAGCGAGGGAGGCACAAAAGGUUUCACAUGUUUAGCGAAUCAAAGUGCUUCUCGUGACAGAUCGGACGUUUCGAACUCUGGACUUGAGAGGCUUGCUAGAAAAAAUAAAUCACAUCUUAGCGUACAUGUUGGUAUUGAAGUAAAGACUUCAAUGUAAAAACGUGGAUAGGAGGAAAAGUUUUAUUGGUAGCUAACGCUAACUUAAUCAUUUUUGUUUGAGGAAAUUAUUCAUGAGGUUGUUUUGCCCGUUUAACUUGACUAAAAUAGACCAGCUCAGUGGCCUAGUGGUUAGAGUGUCCGCCCUGAGACUGGGAGGUUUUGAGUUCUAACUCCCGGCCGAGUCAUACCAAAGACUACAAAAAAUGGGACCCAUUUCCUCCCUGCUUGGCACUCAGCAUCAAGGGUUGGAAUUGGGGGUCGAAUCAGCGCGGCGCAUGCUGCUGCUCACUGCUCCCCUCACCUCCCAGGGGGUGAGCAUGGGGAUGGGUCAAAUGCAGAAGACAAAUUUCACCACACCUUGUGUGCGUGUGACUAUCAUUGAGACUUUAACUUUAACUUAAAAUUGAUUUGGUUGAGCUUUUAGCUGAAGGUUGACCACGACCACACUUUUGUAACCUGCUUUGCAAAAGUUGUACCCUUUACAGUAUAUACCAAAUGAUAUAUUGCGAGAACUCUUGAAUCGAGAAUCAAUUCUGCAUGGAGAUGACACCCCAAGGACCGGAAUCGAUUUGAAUUGUGAGUUGUAAGGUUCACAUCCCUACAGAACACCCGCGUUAGGUGGUACCAUAGCAUGCCCUUAACCUACUGGGGCCGGUCUCUGCGUGUGUCCUUCCCCUUGAUCAAUGUGUCCGUCUCAUUUUUUCCGAAAGACGAAGCUAAAAGGGGAGUCCACCAUGAACGCGGUUUGCUCCAUACCUCGGCUCUAAGGCCGCCCUUCGGUUUAUGUUCAUCUUGUACCAAUUAGCGCAGGGACGUCUGCUACAACCUCAACCAAACCAAUUUCAGAACAAGAGCAAGCAGAAAUGCAGCAUAAGUCUUGAAUAAUUUCAUAAAACUAAACAGUACCUAACACUCACUUGGAACAAACAUUUACUUUCCUAGCAACUAAACGACUUAAAUAUUUAACUCCGUCUAUUUCGAGCAAGCUUCUUCGAGCUCCAGGUUUGAGAGUUCCAAACCCUUUCGUCGUCGUCGUCAUCGGUCUCAUUUUUCCUGACCUUUAUGUGAAGAACCACGCUAUGAAGCUACAAAAGAAACGUUCGAAGGUGUUAGUGUUCAUGCGCUAAAGGUUUUGUAUCGCUCAUGACAGCUUGUCGGCGUACCAAUGACAUGGCAACCGACCUCAAACGAGACCUUAAGGGUACGCAGGUGCCACCUGGACCCAUGUUUUACUUCCUUGAUAGCGCAGGUUGGUGUUCGUCUGAACGGGUCGCAAUCACAACUACUUUAGAGCCUGUUACUUAUUUGACUCGGCCCUCUUGGAACGUGGGCCACCAACAAGAUUCCUCCAACCAGGUGGCACCUCUGCCGGUCUCUGCACCUUCCUCCGAGCAUCAGCCUCUCAGUAUCGUCGCCAGGUAUUUUUAAAACAGCCCAUUUCCUUCAGGGUUCUGCUGUAAUGUAUCUGGUUCGGGUCUCGUUGGUGUUUCCUAUUCUAUGGGCUGUUAACUUGUCCGUGCCCAGAACUCUUGGUUGCUGAUAGUCUGUAUUCCGAGUAUUCUUCGGAAGUAAAAGUUGAUAAAUGUCUGGAUUCUUGUGGUGAUGGUUAGGGUGGCUGGAAGAUCCUUCAGUUGAUUUGAUCGAUUAUGGACCGAUAUCUUACAUUUUAAAUACCACCCCCGGUAGUCAGCAGUAUUACACCAUGCUAACGUUAUCUCCCAACAACAACAAAAACUUAAGGGACUCAUCGGCCCACCUGGACUUCCCUCUCCCCAGCCACUUCGUCCAGCUCCUCCCGGGGGAUCUCGAGGCGUUCCAAGACCAGCCGGGAGACAUAGUCUUCCCAACGUGUCCUGGGUCUUCCCCGUGGCCUCUUACCGGUCGGACGAGCCCGAAACACCUCCGUAGGGAGGCGUUCGGGUGGGAUCCUGACCAGAUGCCCAAACCACCUCAUCUGGCUCCUCUCCAUGUGGAGGAGCAGCAGCUUUACUUUGAGUUCCUCCCGGAUGACAGAGUUUCUCACCCUAUCUCUAAGGGAGAGACCCGCCACCCGGCGGAGGAAACUCAUUUGGGCCGCUUGUACCCAUGAUCUUGUCCUUUCGGUCAUAACCCAAAGCUCAUGACCAUAGGUGAGGAUGGGAACGUAGAUCGACCGGUAAAUUGAGAGCUUUGCCUUCCGGCUCAGCUCCUUCUUCACCACAACGGAUCGAUACAGCGUCCGCAUUACUGAAGACGCCGCACCGAUCCGCCUGUCGAUCUCACCAUCCACUCGUGAACAAGACUCCGAGGUACUUGAACUCCUCCCCUUGGGGAAAGGUCUCCUCCGCAACCCGGAGAUGGCACUCCACCCUUUCCCGGGCGAGAACCAUGGACCACGGAGUUGGAGGUGCUGAUUCUCAUCCCAGUCGCUUCACACUCGGCUGCGAACCGAUCCAGUGAGUAAACAUCUGACCCAAACGUAUUUCAUUGGAAGGCGCACGCGUCGAGCUUUCACAAUAAAAUCCAUGUGCGGUGCAUCUUGUCUGACUGCCUUAAAGAUGAGUCCCAGAAGAAUAGUUCCAUAUUUAGUUAGCAUAUGUCAAGUACCAAGGUAUACGGUUGCAAAAUCUAGCACCAAAAACAGUUAGCAUGCUAAUGUUAGCAUGCUAACAGUUAGCAUAUGUCAAGUACCAAGUCACAUGACUCUAAGGUAUACGGUUGCAAAAUUAGCACCAAAAAAAGUUAGCAUGCUAACAGUUAGCAUAUGUCAAUUACCAAGUUAUAUGACUCUAAGUUAUACGGUUGCAAAAUUAGCACAAAAACAAAGUUAACAUGCUAAUGUUAGCAUGGUCAAAAAAAUGUGUAGCUAAUGUUAGCAUGCUAACAGUUAGCAUAUGUCAAGUACCAAGUCACAUGACUAAGGUAUACGGUUGCAAACUGAGCACCAAAAAAAGUUAGCAUGCUAACAGUUAGCAUAUGUCAAUUACCAAGUUAUAUGACUAAGUUAUACGGUUGCAAAAUUAGCACAAAAACAAAGUUAACAUGCUAAUGUUAGCAUGCUACAAAAAAUGUGUUGCUAAUAGUAGCAUGCUCACAGUUAGCAUAAGUCAAGUGCCAAGUUAUAUGAUUCUAAGGUACACGGUUGCAAAAUUAGCACAAAAAUAGCGCAUCACAUCCUGUCUGACUGUUUUUACAAAACGAGUCCCAGAAGAAAAGCUCCCAUAUUUAGUUAGCAUAAUGUUAAGCAAGUCAAUUGCUGGCAUGCUAACUUUUUUGAACAAAUUUUGCAGUUAUACACCUCAGUCACAUUUUGUUACACAUGCUAACUUUUAAAAACUAAUUUUGCAGUUUUACACCUCAGAGUCAUAUAUUUUGCUACACAUGCUAACUUUUUAAAAACUUUUUUUUCAGCUAUAAACCUUAGUCGCAUUUUGUUACCCAUGCUAACUUUUUUUUAACUAAUUUUUCAGUUUUACACCUCAAGUCAUAUUUUCUUACACAUGCUAACUUUUUUAAACUAAUUUUGCAGUUUUACACCUCAGAGUCAUAUAUUUUGCAGCACAUGCUAACUUUUUAAAAACGAUUUUUUUUUUCCAGUUUUACACCUCAGUCACAUUUUGUUACACAUGCUAACUUUUGUAAACUAUUUUUCCAGUUACACACCUCAGAGUCACAUUUUGUUACAUAUGCUAACUUUUAAAAACUAAUUUUGCAGUUUUACACCCCAGAGUCAUAUAUUUUGCUACACAUGCUAACUUUUUAAAAACGUUUUUUUUUUUCAGUUAUACACCUCAGAGUCACAUUUUGUUACACAUGCUAACUUUUGUCAGCUAUUUUGGAAUUACACACCUCAGAGUCACAUUUUGUUACACGUGCUAACUUUUUUUGAACUAAUUUUUCAGUUUUACACCUCAGUCAUAUUUUGUUACACAUGCUAACUUUUUUAAACUAAUUUUGCAGUUUUACACCUCAGAGUCAUAUAUUUUGCUACACAUGCUAACUUUUUAAAAACUUUUUUUUUUCCAGUUAUACAUCUCAGUCACAUUUUGUUACACAUGCUAACUUUUGUCAACUAUUUUUGCAGUUAUACACCUCAGAGUCACAUUUUGUUACACAUGCUAACUUUUAAAAAAUAAUUUUGCAGUUUUACACCCCAGAGUCAUAUAUUUUGUUACACAUGCUAACUUUUUUUAAACUAAUUUUUCAGUUAUACACCUUAGUCACAUUUUGUUACACAUGCUAACUUUUGUCAGCUAUUUUUGCAGUUACACACCUCAGAGUCACAUUUUGUUACACAUGCUAACUUUUUUUGAACUAAUUUUUCAGUUUUACACCUCAGUCAUAUUUUGUUACACAUGCUAACUUUUUUGAACUAAUUUUGCAGUUUUACACCUCAGUCAUAUUUUGCUACACAUGCUAACUUUUUAAAAACUUUUUUUUUUUCCAGUUAUACAUCUCAGUCACAUUUUGUUACACAUGCUAACUUUUGUCAACUAUUUUUGCAGUUAUACACCUCAGAGUCACAUUUUGUUACACAUGCUAACUUUUAAAAACUAAUUUUGCAGUUUUACACCCCAGAGUCAUAUAUUUUGUUACACAUGCUAACUUUUUUUAAACUAUUUUUUCAGUUAUACACCUUAGUCACAUUUUGUUACACAUGCUAACUUUUGUCAGCUAUUUUUGCAGUUACACACCUCAGAGUCACAUUUUGUUACACAUGCUAACUUUUUUUGAACUAAUUUUUCAGUUUUACACCUCAGUCAUAUUUUGUUACACAUGCUAACUUUUUUAAACUAAUUUUGCAGU